CUCUGUAUGGCGCUUUGCCCUAGUGGUCUAUCCUAUGAAAUUGAAGGUUAUUUGUAACCAAGAGAGCCAGUUGGUAGUUGCUAAACAGUUCGCAUGUAAGCGGUUGGUAGGCGACAGUUGGAAUGUUUGCGUUCACACAACAUUAUCAUGAGCGGUCUCGAACAGUGAGUCAAUUAUUUGGGAAGGAAGUUCGUUACUAACAGUACGCACGCACAAGCUAGCCGUUUAGCUAGCUAACAAACUCGUUUUUUUAAUCAAACUUGACUGUCAACUGCGAGUGAAAAAUGCCAGUUCAAACGAUGCAACUCGUUUUGUAGAAACACAAUUUCACGCAAAUAGCUUUGCUUGAUCAACAACACAGCUCAUUUGAAUCUCCUCAAGACCUAUGUGAGUAGUUAGCUAGUAAACGCGUUAGUCUAGCCCUUUGAUUUGGUGAAGAAUGGCUGGUACGGUAUUGGGCAUGGGUACUGGGGUUUUCUUCAUUGCUCUUAUCUGGAUUGUAGCUUUCGUGCUGGGGAUGAUACUCUUGAGAGCUACUGGACCAACUAAGCCUUGUUUUCGGUCCCCCCGCUCCGUGCAGAACGAAUGACACAGAUGUUGUUGGAGAAGACGGGACCCAUUUGGUCCCCUUCCCUGCCCUCCUCUCCCAGCAUGGGGCCUGAAACUUGUUUUUCAAUCAUUGUUUCCCCCUCAACUUCUUUUACCCCCCAAAGAAAAAAGAAGCACAGAGAAAGAGGAGGGUGAGAGUGAGAGAGCAAGGAGAGAGGCAAAAAAGAAAGAGGGAGGGAAGGGCAUCACAAAAGCUGGGGUGGAAGGAAUAUAAAGAAAAAACAUUCUUUAUAACAAUCUCCAAUAAUUUAACGCAGGGAGGUCCAAGAGUUGUCAGGGGGAGAGACUAGUUGAGUUGUGCCUGUUUGGGCUCAAAGUCUACCAUGGUAAGGCAUGGUGCCUUAGGUUAGGAGCUUCAGUGUAGAGCUGUGUCAUCCAGAUAGAGAAGACGUGGAGGCUAGAAGAUGCAAGUUGGCAGGUGGCUGCUCUGGGUGACCUGGCUCUAUACCUGGGCGGAAGGGUCACGCCAGUGUCAGUGCCAAUGCACCUGUAUACCUGAGCCGGGACUGGCGGAGGGGUCAAAGACACCGGUCAAGGAGCAUGACCGUCAUCGAUUGGAGCACCGGCAGCAUCGCCCGCACAGGGACAAGCCACACCGGAGAAAAGGUUCCAGACUGAGGACAGAUGUGGUGGAGGUGCCCCCGCGGAUUGUCCACCACCCCUCAGAUGUGGUGGUCAAGGUAGGCAGCCCCGCCACCCUCUCCUGCCGCGCCGACGGCACACCCGAGCCCUCCAUUGAGUGGCUCCGCAAUGGCCAGCCCCUGGAAAUGGACAAGCUGGACAGCCAAUUGCGGCCCAUCGUCCUGUCGGAGGGCAGCCUUUUUUUCCUCAGCGUUGUGCCAGGGAGGCGGAGUCAGUCACAUGAGGGCGUGUACGCGUGCAUGGCAAGGAACAGCGCUGGCAAGGCCACCAGCCGCAACGCCUCCCUCUAUAUCGCUGCUCUGCGUGAGGACUUCCGGGUGCAGCCCAGUGACGUGGAGGUGGCUGUGGGGGAGGUGGUGGUGAUGAACUGCAGCCCGCCGGUGGGCCACCCAGAGCCCAAUGCCAUCUGGAGAAAAGACGGGGUCCCCAUCAACAACACCAACCCGCACUACACUGAACUGAAUGGGAAGUUGAUAAUCGCCCCAGCCCAGAAAAAUGACUCUGGCGUGUACAUCUGUGUGGCCUCCAACACUAUGGGAGUAAGAGAGAGCAGGGCCGCCCGCCUGUCUGUCCUAGCCAAGCCAGUGUUGGUGCUGAAGCCUCAGGAUGUGUCGGUGGGGACAGGGGAGAAUGCCCAGUUCUACUGCGAGGCUAAAGGAGACCCCAUGCCUGCUGUGGAGUGGAGCCGCGAGCAGGGCCCUCUGCCCAACGGCAGGUAUCUAGUGAAUCCUGACCAGAGCCUCCAGAUCCACUACGUGACACCACAGGAUUCUGGGAGGUACACCUGCACAGCUGUCAACGACGUGGGGGUGGUCACCGCCAGCGCACAGCUAGUGGUGGAGGAAGCUGCAAGCACCAGACAGAGGGACCUUCACAGAGAGUUGUCGGACCUGCGCAUAGCUCUGGAGAAUGUGACGGUGCUGACUCCAAACUCCAACAUGUCCCAAGUGCAGUGGAAGCUCCAGUCUUUCCCAACCCAGCCUCAGUACUUGGAUGGUUUCGAGGUCCUCUGUCGCUCUCUCUUGCCCGCCAGUUCGGACUGGGCUGCUAAGAGGGUGCCACUACCCAACUUUCAAACACUGGUCGGCCCGCUCAAGAGGGGCUACAAGUAUGAGUUCAAAGUGCGUCCCUACGGCAGCAGCUUGUAUGGCCGGGAGAGCAACACCAGGCACCUGCGUGUACCUGAAACGGUGCCUAGCGCCCCACCUCAGGCCGUCUCCAUAACAAUGGCCCCUGACCACAAUGAAACGGUCUAUGUGACCUGGGAGCCUCCACCCCACAAAGCUCACAAUGGCAUCAUCCAGGGAUACCAGUUGUGGUGUGUGCAGUUGGAGGAGCAGCAGUACCUGAACUGGACAGUGGACAGUGGGACCCACAGUCUGGAAAUAAACCCUCUGUACCCAGGCAAAGAGUACUGGGUCCAGGUGGCAGCAGUCAACGGAGCUGGCGUCGGGGUGCAGAGUGACCCCCAUAGACUGGUCAUAGACUCCCGGCAGUCCGGGGCCCCCCAGUCAGACAGCCCCAGUAGGGACCUGACUCAGGUCCUGGCUGUGCUGAGGGACCCUGUGUUCAUCGGAAGCGUUGGCGCCCUCCUGUGGUGCGUCCUAAUGGUGACGGCCUUCUGCCUGUACCGCCGCCACACCCGAUCCGGCGAACACCUGGGACGAGGCCACGGCAAGGCUAAAGGUUUGUACAGGUUGGCCAGUGAGGACCUAAUCAUCAAACACCGAAUGGCGGCCCCAGAUUCACCGUGGAUCUCGGGAGCGUGGAGACCGACCCAGAGUGGCGAGAAGUACCAGGGCAUGUGGGCUCAGAGCCAGGAGAACCCCGGCUUCAGGAAGACCAAGUUGCCAAUCACAGCCAAGAAGGACCCCGGUUCCCUGGACUCGGCUGUCCCCAUCGUGCCCGACAGCUGCGGUGUCUAUGGGACGUUCUACGUGGACCUGACGGGAAACGGCCUCAAGACUUUCAACAGCCCCACCCGAUGCCCCAAGAGGCCCCACUGCCACACCACCUCCUCCUCACACUACUCCCAGCACGGCGCAGAGGCGGUGCGUACCGCUGUCAAGACCACGCUGGUCAAGGAUGGUCAGGUCCUGCCCCCAGCCCAGCCCAAGAUGGGCGUGCUCAAGGAGUCAUGGGAGAAGAAUUACAAACGAGAGCUCCAUGCAGUGAACAGCGCCCCCUUGGUGUCAUCGAGGAGCCAGGCGCUGGCUGUGAGGGGAGUGCCUUACAAACAGAGGCUCAGCCACCUCCCACCAGGUGGGCGCUCAGAGUGCGUCAAGCCCCUGGCGUCGUCCCAAUUCCUGCACCACUCAGCCUCACUGCACUUGGUGGACAUGCUCCCCACCCCGCCCCCACUGCCCAUGGACGACACCACUGACACACACAGCCUCACCUCAGAGGAAGGGUCCAGCAGGUCCACUAAGCUGAUGGUGGAUGAUGGGUCUCACCAGUCUGUGUGUGCUGCGUCCGGUCUCCGUGGCCCCCCAUCCAACACCACGGGCUUCCCCUCCUACAGCCGCCUGUCCACUGCCUCUUACUGCCUGUCAUUAGACGAGGAGCAGGACAUGACAAUGACAUCACAGGAAGUUACCCAGUACCUGGAGCUCAGCCCCAAGGCCGAGAGGCGCAGCACAAUGCCGGAGAAUCCUCCUUCCUCCUCCCUGUCCCGCCCUUUCUCCCUCACUCCCACUUUGGGCUACAUCUGUGGGCUCCUCCCCUCCGACCAACUGGAGGACAGGUUGACUGACGACCAGGAGUCCCAGCCAAUGGGCUCUCUACGGGCCCGGCUCCAGAACACACCCUUGUCGCUCUGCAGUGAAUGGGAGGGCUCGAUGUGGAACGGCUGGGGGUCGGUGUCAGAGGGCAACAUGGCUAACAGCGCCCGCACCAGCUUCAUCAGCUCGUCGGACGGCUCAUUCAUGAACGAUGCCAACUUUGCCUGCGUGCUGGCCACUGUGGCCGCAGAGUCCAUGAGUGGAGCCUCUUUCUCAGGCAAGACUACUAGAGAAAAUACUUCUCUCCCCCGGCGUCACCCCUCAGUGCCCUGUUCCAUCCGGCUCCAGAUGAAGGAGCGGAGUGUUUCGGGGAGCUGGAUCCCAUGCCCGUUUGGGACUGGAGUACAACCUGGGUGGAGGAGAUGGAGGCGCAGUACCGUGCCCAGUACCCCUCCCAGGCAGAUGCACCCCCCGCCUGCGACACCUGGGGGCAUCGUCGUGCUGACCGUCACUGUGAGGACCGCCGAGCCACCGGAGGGGGUAGGGUUUGAGGACGAGGGGGUGGGUCAAGUACAACCUCACAGCGAUGAUUGGCUUGAUGAUACAUUUUUUGUGAAAUCCAUUUCAAUGCCAAGACAUGCAUUUCAUUUACUCAUGAUUUGUAAAGUACUCAUAGAAAAUCAGGAGAAAAACUAUGUAGUUUUAUGUUUCGUCCAUGAAUUAGGAGGUGGCCUUUGUUUUCCUGUGAGUGGUUUACAACAAGUCAUGAGUAGAAGAUGUAAUUGGGAAUGAAAUGAAGUUGACCAUUCAACCUCUCCCAUCCAGACCACUAUUGGUUACCUGAACUAUGUUUCCCACAAUACCUCAGGGCAGUCUCUCCCAUGAAAAUAGAAUUCCUAGAAUAGGCAUCUUCUAUUUUUAUGGAUCCUCCUCUAAUUUGUGUUCUCCAUAUGUCCUAACCUGGGAUGGUCUUUCCAAGAGUUUAACCGCAGCCCCAAAAACAACUUUUAAAAAGUUUGUCAAAAUGAUCUCAAUUCAUGUCAUACCCGGUUGUUCCAGAACAAAUAUUUGGAGUGUUAUGAUUUUAGUGGCACUAUUACUGUAAUGUAGUGCAUUUCUUUUCUUCCAGAAUCUUCCAUGGGCUAUGAUCCUGCUAUCCUAGUUAAAACAGACUGAACUGAACGCAUAAUGAUAGGCGUAGCGUUCAGUCUGGUUUAACCAGGCUAUGAUCCUACCAUAUUAGAGUGUAUUGAAAACAACAGGAGAGAAUUUGUACAGAACAUUCACUGAUCAUUCAUUUGCAAUAGAAUGUAAAUAUACGCGACUGAUUUUAUUUAAUGAACCAUGAACACUGUGACUUUCCAACCCAUUUUCUGCCUCUUCUUUUUAUCAUCCUUUGUUCACAAGAGACGGUCUAAAGUUUUAUCAUGUUUUUCAUUAUUAUUAAAUGUGCUUUUGUCUCUAUUGAUUUUAUAAUGAGAGCUAAACAUUUAAGUUGUUACACUAGAAUUUGGAAGAUGUUCUGUUUCAGAUUUUGUUUAAUUUCUCUUCCCUUUGACUUCAAGCUAAACAUUAAGGGCUGAAUCAUGACUUCAGAUGUGUCUGCAUCACUCAACUUUUUUUUCUCCCAAUUCUCCCUUUGACAUUAAUACAUGACUAGCUCAAACGUCUCAAACACACUCACAUGUCAGAAGUUAGGAUUUGUCCCUAUGUACUUGUGUACCUAAAUGAAAUGUGUAUAAAUUUAGCAAUAACUAGAAUGUUUUUCUCAUGCUGUAACAGUCUUCCUUUUGUAAGAAUAGGUUCAGUAGGACUGGACUAAUGUGUAUUAUUGGAGAGGAGGAAUAAUUAUUCAUUUUAUAUAAAUGUUUAUGCAUUACUUAAUAAUACUAUUUGAAGCUUAACUAACUGUCUUCUACUGUGGCCUUAUUGAGAAUAAAAACGUAUUCAUUUCA